AUGGAUGCUAGGGCUUUGAUAGUGGAAGUAACGCUGGAGAGGGCUUCGAUAGUGGAAGUAACGCUGGAGAGGGCUUCGAUGAUGGUGGUGCUGGCGUUAUGGCGGGGGCAAGGAGGCAUUAUGGAAGAAGGUUUGCUUAAUAAGCUUCAAAGUUUUUCUCUUACAGAGGAGGAGGAUGUGGCUAUUGAUUUUAAUACUGAAGACAUUGCAGAAGGCUUGGAGGAGUGUGUUUUGAGUGUUUAUGUGAAGAUUUUGUCUGAGAAAUAUGUUAACACCGUAGCUCUAAAGAAUACAAUGUCGGGGGUUUGGGGGUGUAAAGAUUUGGGAGUUAUGAGGAUUUCAUCUAAUAUUUUCCAAUUUUUCUCGAAGGAGGAGAGGGAGAUUUACAAAAUCCUAUUUCAAGGCCCAUGGUGUUUUGAUAACUCUUUGAUUAUCAGUUACAGAUGGUUCAAAGGUAUUGGUGUUAAAUCAGUUCCUUUUGAUUUGGUCCAAUUUUGGGUUCAUGUUAAUGGUCUUCCUCGCGAAUGUAUUACCAAGGAUAUGGCAAUCAAAGUUGCUGAUAGUUUUAAGGAGUGGGAGGUCGUGGAAAUUCGUGAAUAG